AUGACGACUGAAUCCAGCUUGCAGUUCACCGGUCUACUCAAACCAAUGGUGGCUGGUGCGAUAGCCGGUACGACCGUCGAUCUGUUCUUUUAUCCUAUCGAUACCCUCAAGACCAGAUUGCAAUCUCGCGAGGGUUUCAUCGCCUCGGGUGGCUUCAAAGGUGUCUACAAAGGUCUGGGAAGUGUUGCCGUUGGAAGCGCACCAGGUGCCGCACUCUUCUUCACAACUUAUGAAUAUUGCAAGCGAUCGAUUAUCCCCAACGCAUUCCCAUCUCUUUCCAGUCCGAUGGUCCACAUGAUCUCAGCUUCACUAGGUGAGGUGGCCGCCUGUUUGGUUAGGGUCCCUACUGAAGUCGUCAAGCAGCGGCAACAAACUGCGACAUACGGCUCGAGUACCAGUUCCGCUAAAGCGCUGCAGUUGGCAAUACAACAAGGUGGAUUCAAGUCGCUUUACCAAGGCUUUGGGAUCACCAUCUUACGAGAGGUUCCAUUUUCACUCCUACAAUUCCCGCUUUACGAAAAAUUGAAAUCGCAAGCUGCUGAAAGACGCUCCCUAUUAUCAUCCGAUCAAUUACCCCCGCAUGUCUCUGCGAUUUGUGGGAGCAUCGCUGGUUCCACUGCAGCUGCGCUGACCACUCCCCUGGACGUAGUCAAGACUCGAAUCAUGCUCACAAAAGAAUGCGACGGGGCGCGGAUAGGGAUUCCCGAGAGCUUUGCCCGGGUCUAUCGAGAAGAAGGAUGGUCAGCAUUUUGGAAAGGGGUCAUACCCCGUACAAUCUGGAUCGGAUUGGGCGGUGCUGUGUUUUUGGGAGUCUAUGAAGUAUCUAUUCAACAGCUUGGCAGUAUAAUCUGA